AUGGCUUCUGUAACCAUAGCUUUCGGUGUUUCACCCAUUUCCACCAUAACAACAAGAACAAAAUCUCUAAGAAAAACUCACCAUAAACUUCAAGCUCAUGAACAACCACGUAACUUAGAUGUGCUAUAUUCUUCUUCUGUUUCUGUUGAAGCAAACCAAAACGGCUCUGUUAUCAAGGAGGUAGUAAAGAACAAGGCUACUUCAUCAUUGAGUUCUAGAGUUGUUGUUGAAGAUGAAGAAGCUGGUUUGGCACCACUUUGGGACGAUGGAUAUGGAUAUCGUACGGUGGAGGAUUACUUUGCUUUGUCUAAAGAGAUUUGCAACUUUGAUGGUGGGCCACCACGUUGGUUUUGCCCUAUUGAAUCUACUUAUCCUUCCAAUGAUUCUCCAACUAUCAUGUUUCUACCAGGGAUGGAUGGGACUGGAUUUGGUCUAUCUUUGCAUCAUCAAGCUCUUGCUAGGUUUUUUGAAGUUCGUUGCUUGCAUAUUCCUGUCCAUGAUCGAACGCCAUUUGAAGGACUGGUGAAACUUGUUGAAGAAGCUGUUAAACUUGAGCAUGCUCUAUCGCCAAAGAAGCCGAUUUAUCUGGUCGGCGAUUCCUUAGGUGGUUGCCUUGCACUUGCCGUUGCCGCUCGUAAUCCAACAGUUGAUCUAAUACUUAUUUUAGUCAAUCCUGCUACAUCCUUUGCUAGAUCUCAGUUGCAACCUUUGUUACCUAUCUUGGAGGCUAUCCCUGACGAACUACACGUAACCGUUCCAUUUCUUCUUAGUUUUAUUAUGGGUGAACCAUUGAAGAUGGCAACAGUCAAUAUUGGAAACGGGCUUCCUCCUACGAAGAUAAUAGAACAACUGUCAAACAAUCUUACUUCAUUGCUGCCAUGUCUUCCUGAGCUGGCUGAUAUUAUACCAAAAGACACUCUUCUUUGGAAGAUUAAACUUCUCAAAUCAGCUGCUGCAUAUACUAAUUCACGUCUGCAUGCUGUCAGAGCUGAAGUACUUGUACUUGCUAGUGGCAAGGAUAACAUGCUUCCUAGUGUAAAUGAAGCUCAAAGACUCGCGAGUACGUUGAAGAACUGUAAAAUUCGUAUUUUUAAGGACAACGGACACACGCUUCUUUUGGAAGAUUGUAUUGGUCUGCUAACAAUCAUCAAGGGGACAUGCAUGUACCGCCGUACGAGGAGGCAUGAUUUGGUCAUGGACUUCAUUCCCCCCAGUAUGACAGAGUUCAGAUAUGCAAUGGAUCAAGUAGUCGGAUUAUUUCGUUCUGUCACCGGAUCUGUGAUGUUCUCUACAUUGGAAAACGGAAAGAUAGUAAAAGGUCUGUCAGGUGUUCCAGAUGAAGUCAGAAAGGUAUUCGGUGGCGUGCCUGUUUCAGCAAGCAAUCUUUUUAAAUUACUUUCAACUAAAUCUCAUGUUCUCCUAUAUCCCGGUGGUGCACGCGAGGCUCUCCAUUUCAAGGGUGAAGAAUACAAGUUGAUUUGGCCUGAUCAACCAGAAUUCGUGAGAAUGGCAGCACGAUUUGGCGCUACCAUUGUUCCGUUUGGAGUUGUAGGCGAAGAUGAUAUAGCUGAAAUAGCUCUUGACUACAACGACUUAAUGAAGAUUCCGAUACUCAAUGAUUACAUCAAAGAUCUUAAUCGAGGCUCAGUCAAAAUUCGAGAUGAGAAAAGUGGCGAGGUAGCAAACCAAAAUCUGUCAUUUCCGGUGCUUCUACCGAAAAUACCAGGCCGAUUUUACUAUCUAUUUGGAAAGCCAAUAAGAAUGAAAGGCAUGGAGAAUAUAGUAAAAGACAGAGAAAAUGCAAAUGAAUUGUACCUGCAGAUUAAGUCUCAAGUUGAGAAAAACAUAGAUUACUUGAUCAAGAAGAGAGAGGAGGAUCCUUAUAGGAAUUUAAUAGAUAGGAAAAUGUAUCAGGCAUUUUAUCCCUCUCAAACUGAUCAAACCCCAACAUUUAAGCCAUGA